GGCCCCGCCCCGCCCAGCGCUCGCAGUCCGCAGAGUCCGGGGUUGCGACGCGGCCGUGACGCGAGCGUGACGCGAGUGCCGCCGCUCCCGAGGCGCUCGCGCUGUCCCCGCCGCGCUCUGAGGCAACGGUAGCUCGGCCCGCGUCGCCAGGCCUCGGGCCGCCCCCGGGUCCCCGCCACUCGCCAUGGACGACUACGCAGUCCUCUCGGACGCUGAGCUGGCCGCCGUGCUGCGCCAGUACAACAUCCCGCACGGGCCUGUCGUGGGUUCCACCCGCAAGCUCUACGAAAAGAAGAUCUUCGAGUACGAGACCCAGAGGCGGAGGCUCUUGCCCCCGAGCUCGUCCUCAUCGUCUUUCUCCUAUCGGUUCUCGGACUUAGACUCGGGAUCGGUGGACUCGGAUAUGUACGAUCUGCCCAAGAAAGAGGACGCCUUACUCUACCAGAGCAAGGCCCCCACCUUUUCCCAAGGCUAUGGUGAUGACUACUAUGAGGAGAGCUACUUGAGCACCAGUACUUAUGGGGAGCCUGAGUCUGUGGGCACCUCGAAGGGAUUCUGCCAGUCGUCAACUUCUCUCUCAGACACAGACGCUUUUCACCACCAGGUGCGCGACGACAGUCUCUUCUCUUCUGAAGAGGAGAGCAAGGACAGGGAGCGCCCCGCAUACGGCCGGGACAGCGCCUACCAGAGCAUCGUGCACUACCGCCCUGUAUCCAGCGCGUCCAGGAGCUCCCUGGGCCUGUCCUAUUAUCCCACCUCCUCCUCCCCUGCUCCCAUGUCCUCAUCUCCGUCCCCCGCCACUUCGUGGCUCACCCGUCGCGCCAUCCGGCCGGAAAAGCAGACCCCGGGGGCUGGUCUGGGCCCGGACCGCCAGGUCCCUCUCUGGGCCCAGCUGCUCCUGUUCCUGGGCUUUGCUGCCUUCCUGCUCUUUGUGAACUACUCCUUGCAGGCUGAGGACGGCAGUCCCUUCUGGACGGAGUCCUGAGGGUCUGGCGUCACUGCCACCUGCUCUCAGAUGUCCUGGCUGACUGCCUUAGUAGUGUUUGCUGGGGGAGGGGGGGGGGACUUUUCUGUGUGUCCUGGCUUGGGAGUACUGGCCUGGCCCUUGUGCCGGGGAGGGGCCUGGGCAGGCCUUCCUCUGGAGCCUUCUGGAUCCUGCUUGCCUCUGACCCUUGGGGCCCAGGAGGGCAAGACUCUUCUCCCGGAGAGGAGAACAUGGUUGUUGUCAUUGCAUGCCUCCUGUCCGUUGUCACAUCGUUGAGGGGGGUUAACCAAAAGCCCCCCCGACUUUGUUUUCGUGGACACACAAUAAAAAGACCAUUUAUUUUUAA